AAGGAAGCACUGGAACAACUGGGUCCCUGUUUCCAACAUCAGAGACCAAAAACCUAACUUAAUUGUCUCCCCUCAAGGACUGCUUAAUUCAUGCUUUUAUUGGGUUAAGUCUGAAAAUUUAAAAAAUAGGAGAGGGCAUUAUGGAAGAUCUUGAUUUCACUUUCUUGGGUUUCUGGGUUUGUUAGUGUGUCAUUGUUGUUGUAAUCUUUAGAUGCUUUCCAAUGAUGACUGACUCUGAAGUCCAGAUUUAUAUGCCCACUCAUAUCUGAUGAUAUGCUAUUGUCUCAAAGUUCUAAGUGGAAAUCAAGUUUUCUUUCAAGUGUGAUAGUUACAUAUCAAUCAUCCUUUGAAGUAUUUUCUAGGACAGUGGGAGUUUUUCAAGGACCAGAUACUAUGAAGUUAGUAAGUUACAGGUAGUGGCUAAGAAGCAAUCUGCAGAGAAACCAGAACUUUCAGUCAUUACAAAAUUAAGAAGCUAUCUAUCAAGAUUCCAUUCCAGUUUAUAGCAUUGUUUCUGUGAAAUGUCUCUCAUUCUUCAAGGCUGUUAUUAACUUCAUAGCUGUUUCCUGAUUAAAAAACAAAGAUUUCACAAGAUAAGUUUGUUCUCAAAAUAAGCCAUGAAUGAAUUUAGUCCAGCGAGAUCGAAGGAAUGGAAUAUCUAUGCUAGCUCUGAUCCAAGCCAAUCUCAGAGAGGAGCAGAUAGGGAUACCUCAUUGAAGAAUUAUGGGAGUACAUUAAAUGCCAUUUCUUUUGGUUUUGUUGCUACAGCAAUCUUAAUCUCAAUGUUUCUUGUCAUGGCCAUCUUUGAACAUUUGUUGAGGCCAAAACCCCCUUUCUCAUCUUCUCAAGAUAUGGCUGAUGGGUCUUUGGAAUCAGGUCCUAUGCAAGAUCAAAUGCAUGUAACUGAGAAACUUGGAAGUACUUCACAAUCAAUGUCGAAGCCAUAUUCAUCGGACUUCUCGGUGUUGAUGCCUGGCCAACAUUGUCCCACCUUCAUUGCCAAACCAGCACCUCUCCCUUGCCCAAGGGAGCCAAUACACUGGCCUCCCCAUGAUCGAGGUUUUGUUCCUCCAUAGCUGUUUCUGUAAAUACAUGAAAGUAUUUUUCUGGUUGGAUGUAGUCAUUACCCUCAUCCAAGUUAUUCACUUCUUUCUCAUUGUUACA